AUGAAGGUUUUAGUGGGGGAUAAUUAUAGUCAUCGCAUUAUGAAAUGGAAAUCGGGCGAAACUCAAGGAGCAGCUAUUGCUGGUCAAGUUGGCCAAGAAAAAACAGAGAAGGAUGGCCGAGGAAAUCAAUUUACGGAUCCUACUAUUAGUGUUGUUGGUGAUGAACAAUCUGUUUACGUCACCGAUCGUGAAAAUGAUUGUCUCCUGAAAGGGAGAAAAGAUGCGAUGGGAGAUCUGAUGCUAGUUGAUGGAAAUGGUAAUGAAUCACGACGAAAUCAAUUAAAUGCUCACAUCAAUUUAUCGUUUGACACGGAUCAAAAUCUUUAUGUUAGUGAUAUGGCAAAUAACCGAAUCCAAAAAUUUGAUUUAGCUAUUUUUAAAAAGAAGAGCUUUCACUACGCAACAACGCAGAUCAAUCGUCAUGUAGCAACAUUUCUUCUUCUAUUCGGUACUCUCGGCAAUUUACUCAACAUUUACGUUCUAAACGAACACUCAUUUCAUGAGAAUCCUUGUUCGAUCUAUCUCUCUUGGUCAUCAAUAACAAGUUCGAUCUUUAUUUGGUCGGGCUUUUUAACACGAGUCUUACAAGGUUAUAAUAUCAAUUGGCCCAAUCAGAACUCCAUUGCGUGCAAAACUCGUCAACUUUUGCUCAAUGUUACUUGGCCAAUGGGUAUCUGGUGUCUUGUAGGAGCGAGUAUCGAUCGAUAUUUAUGCAGUCAUUCAUCGGCUAGGUAUCGCCUGUUUAGCACAAAUCUCAUAGCAAAGCGUUUUGCACUCGCAAUAUUUAUUUUCUUUUGUUGUUUAUUCGUCGAAGUACUUUAUUGUUUUGAAGGAAGUAUUCCGAACGUUCCAGUUCUUUGCUAUGGUCAAAACAUACCUUGUCGGCUAUUUAAUGACUGGGCUGCCCUAUCAUUCGAUAUUAUUUUACCAAGUUUUUUCUUGGCUGUAUUUGGUGCGUUGACCAUUCGAAAUAUUCGUCAAAGAAGUGUUCGUCCAGUCAUCGAUUCAGAAGUUCGAUCCAACCGUAGGUCAACAAUGCGCGCGAAUGAUCGUAAUCUUACACGAAUGUUAUUGAUCCAGGUACUGUUCAUUCUUGUUUUGGAUUUACCAUUCGGUAUUUAUCGUCCAUAUGCAAGUUUAACUUCGAAUAUUCCAAAAAGUUCCUAUCGAGCAGCUGUCGAAAAUCUAACGUAUUCUGUGAUUGUACUUCUUAUUUGUGUGACCCAUUCCACUUCAUUUUAUCUGUAUACACUUACUGGUUCAGUAUAUCGCCGUGCAUUCAAACAAAUUGGACAGCGUUGGCUCAAUCGAAUCCGAUUAAUUCAUCAGUAA